AUGAUUGAAUUACCAUACAUUGGUCACAUGCGUGAUUAUAGUUCAAGACGUCAUGAUCCGGAAAAUGUUAUUAAGGUGAAAUUAUGGUCAAUGAUUUUACCACCAGAUGAUCCGAAAGCUUUGGAGAAUGUUUUAGAAAAAAUGGCAUCAUCAGAUGAAAGUGUGCAACGAUUUCAAUUAGUAGAAAAAUAUUCAAGAAAAUUACGAGUACUUGUUCAUAAUUUUGAUUAA